GUUUCCCUCUCCUGGUAUAGCCUCCAGACUGCGUGGGCUAGUGUGGGCGCAGUAGACGAGUUUCGUAUAAAACCCCUGAUUCCGGAGUCUCAUAUUACGCGCGUUCGCCUCCCUCUGUAGUUGAUUGUUACUACGGCUCCUUCCACCUACUCUGUGUUUUUCUUCAGCAGUAUUUCUUAGGAAAGAUACCGUCACUAAAGAAAUCUGUUCUAUGGUUUUGGCUGAACAAGAUCCCACGAUGUCACGGACUGACGAGGUGCACCGUAUCACGGAGAAUGUCUAUAAGUCCAUCAUGGAGCAGUUCAACCCAUGCUUGCGGAACUUUGUGGCCAUGGGGAAGAGCUACGAGAAGGCCCUAUCCAGUGUCACAUUUGCAGCAAAGGGCUACUUCGAGGCACUGGUGAGGAUGGGAGAGAUGGCCAGCGAAAGUCAAGGCUCUAAGGAUCUUGAAGAGGCAGCAUGGGACGUACUCUUUCAGAUGGCUGAGGUCCACAGACAGAUCCAGAUGCAGCUUGAAGAUAUGCUGAAGUCUUUCCACAAUGAGCUUCUGACAGAGCUGGAGAAGAAGGUGGAGCUGGAUGCACGCUACCUAAAUGCUGCUCUGAAGAAGUACCAGAUGGAGCACAAGAGUAAAGGAGAGAGUCUGGAGAAGUGUCAGGAUGAACUGAAGAAGCUACGCAGGAAGAGCCAGGGCAGCAAGAACACCUCUAAGUACGGAGACAAGGAGAUGCAGUAUGUUGAGACCAUCAGCAGCAAGCAGAGUGACCUGGACCACUUCACAGCAGAGGGCUACAAGAAUGCACUGUCAGAGGAGAGGAGGAGGUACUGUUUCCUGGUGGAUAGACAGUGUGCCGUGGCCAAGAACAGCAGCUCCUACCACAGCAAAGGUAAGGACCUUCUAGCCCAAAAGAUCCCAGCAUGGCAGCAGGCGUGUGCUGACCCUACCAAGCUGCCUGACCGUGCCAUGCUCCUGGCUCAGCAGAUGACCUCUACAGGGGGUACCCUGGCGUCCGGCUCCCACACUCACCACGGCUCCAAGGGCAACCUGCUCAUCUCUGACCCAAUCCCCGGGGCCAAGCCUCUGCCUGUACCCCCCGAGCUGGCUGCACUAAUGGCCCAACAGCGUCUAAUGGGACCAGGAGGAGUGGACGGAGGGAUGCCCAUAAUGAACGGAACUGCAGGGGCGCAUGGAGGAGCAGGAGGGGGAGGAGGGGAGGACUACCAACACUGGAUGGAGGGGAAGAUGGCCCAAGCCCAGGCUCAGGCCCUACAGGCUCAGGCCCUACAGUCCCAGGUGGCUAAGGCCUCCUCCCAGCACCACUCCCAGCCCCACAGACAGGGCAGCGAGGUCUACUCCAACACCCUACCCGUACGCAAGAACGCCCCUGCCAAGAGCAACACCACCAUGGGUCCAGAGACCCGAACCCUUCCCCGGUCUAGCUCUAUGGCAGCAGGGCUGGAGAGGAACGGUCGUAUCCGUGUCCAGGCCAUUUUCUCCCACGCGGCUGGGGACAACAGCACCCUGCUCAGCUUCUCUGAAGGAGACGUCAUCACCCUGCUGGUGCCUGAGGCCCGCGAUGGAUGGCACUAUGGAGAGAACGAGAAGAACAAGAUGCGGGGCUGGUUCCCUUUCUCUUACACACGUGUCAUCCCCGAGACUGAAAGCGACAAACUACGAGUCAACAAUCUCCACCAUGGUAAGAGCAGCAGCACAGGCAACCUGUUGGAGAGAGAGGACAUGGCAAGUGCCCCUCCCCCUGACUACGGUAUGUCAUCUCGCCUGUUGGCACAGAGUGCUGCGAUGGCACACAGCAGACAACAGCGCCCAUACAGCAUGACAGGGCCAAGCUUCUCACAGCAAGGACUUGAAGAGUAUGAGCAACGUUUUUCAACAAGUUUGGGACUUUUGAGUGAACAGUUUGCCCGCUUUUGAGUCAAACGGACCCCUCUGUCCCUCUGCCCCAGGAGGAACCAGCCCAGGCCACUGAGGACCAACCCAGGCCUCUCAUCUCUGUCGAUGACCAGUCUCCUCCUCCAAUCCUCUAUUAGCUCCAUGCUCUACUUCCUAUUAUCCUUGCCUCUGAUUGGUUGCUGUGAAACACAGAUACAUUUAGCCAGCCAAUUGGAAGAAGAACCCUGAUUUUGUUUGACAAAUCCAAGCACACACAGGACUAAUCUUUCACAAGUAGUGUAGACCAUGUGCUGCACAAGUUUUAGCAGACUGAACUAUCCAUAGCAUUCAAGCACACCUAGCCUUGGACUGCCUCUUCAAUACAAUUAAAGCAUUUGAAAACAGUAAUAAACUGUAUGCAGUAAAUUAUAACUGAAUCUGUUACUUGUUAAUAAUGUAUGCAUAUGCUUAAGAAAAGGUAAUUGUUUGAUCUAUCUUAUUGUGGGUGUCUAGUUCUAUGAUCUAGUCGUAUUUUACUUCUUGCUAUUAGCGAUUUGUAAGAUUUGGAGGAAUUUCUUUGAAUUUGUUUGUGUGAGCAAUACAUUUGUCACAAAGUAAACUAUGUUAUACAGUAUAUGUUAAAGGGCCUGUAUCAGGGAGAAUAUAAAGAGCACAGGGCAUGGCGGCUUGUAGAAACACAUUUCUACAUGAGUCUGAGCCGCACACUAGAUUAGGAGAGAUGGAGAAAGAAAAGGUCAAUGUUAUACACAAUACUGUAAGUUAUAGCAUUCAAAUGCUUUUCACUGUUAUUCUCAAAUUUUAAAUGACAGAAAAACAAUAAUAUUAAGCAUUCAUGCAUAUAUCAACUGUAUAGUAUGACAUUAAUACAUAACAAUACAAAGGAGUUGUUGUAUUUCGUAAUAUUUUAUAAAUGUAUUUGCUUCUCAUCCCGUUUCAUUUGUCUGUACAUUUAUAGAAAAAACACUGAAUUUACUAGAGAAAAUAAAGUGAUAUUGCAGAGUAUAUUCCAGAUAUUAUCUGUGCGUUUGUACUGUGUUUAUAAGAAACUCUUGAAAAGCACGUCUCCUUUUAUACUAUUUUUUAAAAGUGAGCAUUAUGAGUUGGCUAGAGAGCAGGCUAUGUAAUACAUGAGACCCACAUCCUUGUGUAAAACAGACUUUAUUUAUAUUUCAUAAUAAGGUACAGAAAGUAACCAUGUGAUCAGUAAGUGAGUGUGGGUGGGGCACAUUUACUGACAGCAUGCCUAAGCUAGUCCUGCUCGUUUAAAUCACAACCAGCGCAUUACCAAAUGUUGCUCCUUAUCACAAUACCCCCUUUGUCUCACUAGCCUGGGUACCAGUUGGUUUGUGUCAUCAUUACAGUGGCAUGAUGACACAAACAGACUGGUACCCAGGCUAUCGUCUCGCUAUACAGAUGUAGGAUCUUAAUUUGAUCACACCUGUUGCAGAAGAACUUUCCAACAAUGCAGGGCGAUUCAAAAUUGUAGAGUAUUUGAUGUUUAAAAAGCCUUUGGAAGUUUGUAAUUUCCUCUUUGAAAACUGUAUCAAGCCCUACAAAAAUGUUCAUGAAUUAUAACCCACAAAAUUCACAUUUCCUGUUGCUGCAGGAUUAUUUUCCUGCUGUAGCAAGCUGUCUCAAAUUAAGAUCCUACAUCUGUAGGGUUAAAACAUUAUAGAUCAAAUAUAUAUUCCUGUUCCUGUUUGCCUCAUGACUUCAUUAAAUAUAUCUCUUUGGCAACAAUAAAACAAAGACAUCUCCUUUUAUC